GUGACGACGUGCACACGGAAGCUGGCAGAAGAUGGUCGAUACAUUGAUAUCUGCAUAGUCUGUAUUGAUGUAAAAAAGUUUAUAAAAAAACGUUACAUUGUGUCUGUUUUAGACGACAAUUCACAAUGUCAGAACUUGAACCAGCCUCCACCAGCGCUCCUACGAAUUCAACCUCUACAGAGACAACUCAAAACGCUUCAGAAAUCCCUUUGAAAUCAGAGAAUCAACAGCACCUGUACAUGGACUUCUCAAGCGAUAUUCCUCCAGUUUUGCCGACUGAUUCACAAUUGGGAGGAGAUGGAAUUAAACCAGAUAGUCAAGUAGUGCGAAAGGUAGAUCCUCGCCAACAGUGGAUAAACAAAGAUUCGACAAAACCUUACUAUUGUAAGCUUUGUGACUUCAAUAUGGAGUCCAUGGAGGUUGGUGCAUUCUGGAGAUCUUUUAUUUUAGCUUGUUAAUUUCUGUGUAGAGACAAGUUCACUUCUUUUGUUUAAGUACAGAUUGAGUUAUCAACAAUCAUGUAGAACUGAAAAUAUAAAGAUUUUACAGAUUGUUGCUGAACGGAAAAGAACCAUAACGUGGUAUUUAUUUAGGGAAAUUGCUCCUUAAUUUGUGUGUAAAUAAGAGACAGAAUGAUAAGAGAGUUGUUUUAUUUUGCCUCCACUACACAACCAAACAAACAAAACAACACUUGGAGGUAUGGGCGCGUCGGUCAGCCAGGCCCAUGAUACACUUUAUUAACUCACAUGAAAAAAAACUCCACUGUUACAGUGAUUCUAAGAACACGCCACAGCCAGACAAGUAAACCCGAAAAAACCAACUAUUGGAAAAAUAAGGACCAUGUAACCCCAACCUAUGCUAUGGUGUCUCCUUUGGGGUUAUAAGGCAAAACUAAUAAAAUAAAGUCUAAUAACAUGAAGAAGAGCAGAAAACGAGAUGCUACAUAAAAUAGCUAAGAAACAUAGGGACCAGCAGAGAUGGUAACGAAAUUAAGGCUAACAGAAUAAGUGAAAACUAAACUGAACAAAGCAAGUUGACGCAGUGAGGCCGACCGUAGAAUGACACGCAUAGCUAAACGGUCACUAUAUCAAACCCCCUAACUGCGAUCCCUCUCGCUCUACGCUAGAACCCAGUUCUCCAUUCCGUGCCAUUAAAAUAAUAAUUUAUGUCAAUUCUAAUUCGCACAAAUUAUAUUAUUCAUUCAUAACGAUGGAUUAGUCAUGAUAAUUAAGGUGACUCCAUGGUUAUGAAUAAAAGCAACUCUCUUUGGGGUUUGAUUCUUUGGGUCUUAAUUGCCUAGACCAAGGUGAUAUACACCUGUACUGCCUUGUGGUUGGGAAAAGAAAAUAAUUUGUUUAUUGUGUCUCACUUGCUAGCUGGCUAAUAUCACAUAAUAAGGCACUCAUGGCUACAGCCUAAAUAAAUAUACAAAAUGUGGGUUUGGCACUAAAGUUCUGUCCCCCAAAAAACUUAACAUAGAUUUACGCUGAAACUUUAAUUAGCAAAUGCUUUCUGUUUGUUUUAGAAUGUACUUGACAGUGUACCUUGCCCUACACCCUACCAAUCAAACUAUUUCCUGAUUAAGAUCAGUAGAUAACUGAAUCAUGGCAAUCACUAACAAACUGACCCUCAAAGAAAAAUGGCAAAUAGGUCCGUCACACAGAAACCAAGGCGAGUAACAUGUUUUACAUUUGGGUCUUGUUUGUUAGAAUUGAUGUAUUAUUUAUACCUCUUAGGUGUUUCAACAUCACUGUAUGAGUCCACGACAUGUUAAACGAGCUAUUGAAGAGUUCAACAUCAAAUUACCAAAGAGAUUAGAAGAAAAAGAAGAAAAGAAACCACCUCCUGAAUUUCACUGUCAGGUUAAUAAAUCUUCUAAGCUUGCACAAUAUUAAUUUAAUGCACCAUUUUAUUCCAAGGAGAUGGUGGAGACAUAUAAUUGAGAUCCAACUCUUGAGUCUUAAAACCAACUUCUAUUUAGUAAUGAAUCAAUAAAGAUUCAGUCUAAAGUCAAGUAUUGUUUUACAAGGAUAGACAGAAUGACCGGGUUUUUAAUAUGACUAAACCUUGGGUGUUAAGUACCGGUAAACGGCAAAUAAUUUCCUACAAGUGGAGGCAGCAAUAUUACUGGCUACUGACUCAGUCUCUUUAGCAUUGCCUUUCCAUGGUGCUUUGUUUUCUAGUGUACUUGUACAUUAUUUUUCCACUUGAAUUCCACCUUUAAAGCCACCACUACUUCAGAGGGGCUCAAUGAAGUUCAAUUCUUUCUUUUCAGAGAUUUUUUGUAGAGACAUGUAUUGUACCAUUUUAACUUCAGAGUUAAGUACGAGAACAAGAAUUAACCAUCUCCAAAGUUAGAACAACAAUAAUAAAAAUUAUUGUUCUUAUUGUAUCAUGCUAGAAACAUACAUGUACAGUUAUGUACAUGUAAAUCCUCAUGCAAGAGUUUUGGUAGAUACACUUUUCAAUUUUAUAAAAAAAUGAUUUCCUUGAUUUUUUUGGAUACAAAAUUAACAAUAACUAUGCAGAUAACAAGUUUAUGCUUUAUUGGAAUUCUUUGUUCAAAAAGUAACUAAGAAAAAUUAAUCAAUGUUAAUUUUUGUUACUUGUUGUCACUCAAUCAUGCUAACUGGAAUUUCAGCUUUAGCAGGUGUAACAUUGUUAUUGUUAUUAUUAUUAUUAUUAUUAAGCCAUGCCAUGUUCUCAAAUUAGAAUUCUUUUGAUUAUUAUUACCACAUAAAUUUUCCACUUUCUAAUCCUUAAAGUAUUCCAUCAUGAUCUCUGUAUUUGAACAGAGUUUAUCAAUAAUAAUACAUGCAUUCUAGGUGUGCCUUGUGACAUGCAACAGUGACACUGCUUGGAACUCUCAUCUUCUUGGGCAAAAGCAUAGAAAGGUACAUAAAAUACAGUUAAAGUUCUAAUUUGUUGUAAAGUUGUAAUUUCACACCCAUAGUUGACCAUUAGGGUAAAGAUUGGGCCUUGCAUAUUUUCUAACAUUUUUAAUUAUUAACUCACCUAUCAUUGUCACUACUCUUGCUCUGCCUGCUAUUUCACCAUCCAUCAUUGAUUCAAUUCAAAGAAUAAGGAAUUUCUUCACAUUCUUGUGAAAGACUCAGUCUGAACCAACAAUAAAUAUUUUGUUAUCAUUGUUGUUGUUAUUAGAUUGCAUAAAUCUCAGUCUUUUUUUACAGUGAUUAUUUUCUUUUUGUUUGGUUGGUUGCUUUUGUUUUUUUUUUUAUUUCAUAAUUAUCUUUCUUUAGUGACCACUAAGGGUUGCUUAGAAUGAAAUCCUACAGAUUCUUCUCUAAUAAAUUAUUAAGUUGUUUUUUUUAUUUUUUUGGGCACCCUUUCAAUGAUUAAACAUUAUACAAUAUCAUUUGUUGCAUUUUCAGCUGCUUGAGAAACAAGGGGCAGAGAGAGCCCUGCAAAAAGCUCAAGAAAAAAGCAUGUUGUUCAACAAUAUGAAUACAGGAUUUGGCCGGGGUGCUGGUAGAGGGGCUCCUGGGAGAGGUGGUGGUGUGGGCCCCAUAAAAGGAGGAUCCUAUAAUCCUGGACACAUGCGUAAACCCUAUGAGAAGCCUAUGCAUGCCGUGCAACAACCAAGUCCCAGUGGUCCGAUUGGUGCAAGAGACUUUGCUACCUACCCAGAACCCCUUAUAGGUGAGUUAUGUAUAAUUUCUACAGCAACUCGGUAUUGCAAUACUUUGCUCAAAAGUAAAAUUAUAAUGGUAACAGGCACUACAUGUAGCUUGUUGCCUUAAUGAUUACAGUUGUCAUCAAGUAGAGACCAGCUUAAUUUUCUUAUAUCAUAUACCCUGUAAAUCAUACCAAUUUAGGGCUGUGCUCUAGGUAGUAGUGCCCAAUGGUCUUUGACAAUUUACUUUUUCCCUUGGGUAGUCCUGAAUUGGACUGAUGUUGACAGUGACUAACUUUUUUGACAACCUGUCCAGUAGUCAUCAUCAGAGUCAAUAACUACCACGCAGGUUGUCAAAAGGUCCAUCACUGUCAACACAAUCCCAUUCAGGAGUACACCCACCUGGAGAGUUAUAAUCCACUUACUUGUGAAAAUAAUAACCUCCUGAGUUCAAACCAAAUGAAGGGCUUGAAAAAAAGUGCCGUGUGGUAGUCCUUGACUACUAGAUUUCCCUGCCUGGCAAGUGAUUCUGCAUACUCACUUGCCCAGGUUUGGGGAAAUCAUAUUCUACUAAAUACUGUAACAAGCAAAAGCAUGCAAUUCAAUGACCUGGGGAAAGCUAAACAUGAAAACAGCUUCUCCAAAGGACACGCUGGAGUUGAGUUUUUUUUUCGAGCCCUGCAAUUUCCAUUGAGCUUUCAACUACAGUACACUGUAUUUUCAUUGUGUUCAAUGCUAUAUACAUGUAAUGUGAAUAGUUCAAAUUUGAACUUUGUCUUUGUUAGUCAUCAUUGCAUGUGGCAUAACAAUAUUUUACAUGUUCUGGAUGCCUGUCUUACUGUACAAGCAUUCUCUGGCAGAGAGUGACCAUCCUUGGUGUCUAUCUGCAGGGGUUUCAAUAAAAAUUGAAGUAGCCAGCAGGUUUGAAUAGAGUAACUGACAGUAUCAACAAGGGGCCAUUAGCCCCCUUUUCUUAGGGGGGUGAGGAGGGGGUCUGGGUGCGUUCUGCCCCAGAAAAUUCUAAAAUUUCAAAGUCCUAAAAUGUGAUUUUCAGCGUUCUGGGGACUAAAUUUGAGGACAAAAGAGUGUGUGUUUCAUUCAAGAAAAUGUUAAGGUUUCACAAUCAAAUCCUGUCAUUCCUACCAAGCAAUGAACAAAUGAUGAAAACUAAAUUAUGUACUUUUCCACGUGACUAAAGCAAUGUAAAACCAGUGGGCCUUCAUAAAAAAACAUCAGAUUUUGAUAUUUUUUUGUUUACAAUGCUAAUUAAACUAGUUGCUUCUUCUUUCUUGAAGAAAGUAGCCGACCUCUAUCAGCCAAGUAGCUGACCCAUUUUGUCAGCUGUUGGUGCUCAUUGAAACCCUUGUAUCUGUCAUGGAUUUUGGGACUGGGUAGAGACAGCACCUUGCUUGUCCAUUCCCAUCAGGCUGGUCUGUGCCUAUGUAAAGCUGAUAAGAAGAAAUAACCUAUUCUUUAGAAACUAACUCUUUUUACCCAAGUACUUUAAGAUGGAAUCCAUCAGGAAAUUGAGCAAUUUCAACUUUCAGUGGACAAAAGCCUAGUACCAGGAUAAUUUAAACAAUAUCACAUUUUUUUUACAUUUUUCAGGGGCUAUAGAUAUAAUUAGUUAUCUAUCAUAACACCAAAGACUAUUUCUCAUGAGAGCCUGAGAAAAUAAAUGUCAAAUUUUAAAAGAAUUGUGAAAACACUGGUAAAAUUUUGAAAAUUUCAUGUGUAAGAUGUCAUUUUGUCAAAUUUGACAUUUAUUUUCUUGGGCUCCCAUAAUAAAUUUUCUUUGAUGUUUGACAGAUAACUAAUGUUUAGUUAUCAUUCUGUCAAACAUCAAAGAAAAUUUAGUGUGGGAGCCCGAGAAAAUAAAUGUCAAAUUUUGCCGUUGAAAAAUGUGAAAAAAUUAUAAUGCGAUAUUGUUUAAAUUAUUCUAGGACAAGGUUUUUGUCCUCUGAAAAUUAAAAUUGUUUAUUUUCGUCAUGGAUUCUGUCGUAAUCCACUGUAUGUGGAAAUGCGGACUAUGUUUGUUGGUGAUAAAGAUACAGCGUCAUCUUGAAAAAGUGGUUUUUGUACAUGCAUGUUUGCUUUUCUAAAGUACAUGACUGUACAAAAGUCUCAUUGCACCAAUAACUACAGUAGUCGCUUAUUCAAUUUUGCUGUUACCAUACCCCAAGCCAAGCCCAACCUGGUAGUCAUAGGGUUGGGGCUAAGGAUACCCAGAACAUAACUUGCAUUAGCUUUUGUGUGUUAUAUGGGCGCCAUAUUCGCCAUUAUUUAAUCUACCACUCUAAACUUGGUACAAGAGUAGAACAGUACUACAUGCAUUUCUAAAAAGAGUGAUUCUAUAGUAGCCUACAUGGCUGUUAUAACCAUGAAUGGCUCUGUUAAGCUCAAGAGGUACAAUGCAUGUAGGCUGUACUAGUAACACUCAAACAAAGCCAAGACUUGAUUUAAUCCCUGCUCAGGGAUGUGCCCAAGGGGUAGAUGGUAACAGGAAGAACUGAAGGCACUUAUCCUGUGAAAGACUGAUACACUCCAGAAUGUUUGAUGAUAGUUAUUACUGUAUUAAGCUGUGUAUAAUGAUGUAAAACGUGGCAGUUAAAAUUUGGGUCAAGAUUAAGGGAAAGAAAACAUUAUACACAGGCAAAUACAGUAACUUGACUAAAGUAAGUUGAUACAUGUAGCUGAUGUGAAAGUGCAUGACAAGAUGUCUUGCGGUUGUUUAGGUGUAAAUGCUCACUCUUUGUGGUACAUUUUCACCUUUUCACAAUCUGGAGUGUUAUGCCACUUGUUCUGUUGCUGUAGGCCUGGAGUAUGUUACAGAAAUCCAGGUUAUAGGACAGAGCCCGAGGUACCACUGCGAGCUGUGUGACUCCAAAUUUGAUCACAACUUGAAGUUCCCUCACCUUGUUGGAAGCAAACAUCGUUUCAAUGUGCUGGUGAGUAGACAAGAUCUCUGAGAUGUUUGUACCCAUUAAAAUGUGAUAAAUUCCUUAAAGGGGGCUAUGCGAUUCUGUUUGCUGUCUCUUUUGAAAGCAAACGUUUUUCACAUCAAUAUUGAAUUCCAAAAGUAAUGGUGUAGUAGUCUUCCAGGCUGUCAUGAAGAGCUGGGGCGGGGAUUUCCACCAGCUACUAUGAAUGUGGUCCCCGGUUACUUUCAUUGGAAAAUUGAAGAAAAAUAAAACCAAAAGAAAUCCCUAGCUGUUUGAUUCCCCGCAUACUUACAGUAUUGUAUUGACGUGGCAACUUGAAAUUGCAGUGACAACCCUGUAGUGUUGUUAUCUUUAACAAUUUAUUGUUCCUCGAGCCUGAAUGGGCUCUGAGUCAAUAGCCCAUGAGGGCAAGAGGAAUAAUAAUAGUAAAAUUCAACUAGUUGGUCAAAAAUAUCAAGACAAAACAACUUUAGCUAGUUAAAGCAGAACUUUUAUCCCUUUUUGCCACCAAAAAGCUGGUGCUUUUUGCUACUAGUGGGCUAUAACAUAUAGCCUAGUAGUAGCCCAGCCAAUCAGAAUGCAACAUUGAUAAUAGACCACUUGUUGGAUUUUACUAAGAGGCUGUAUUUAAGCACUGAAUCUGUUUCCUGUCAUCUGUUGCAACGAUGACAAGGAUGGACGUGGAUGGAAACUUGAAAAAAGUUGGGCAAUGUUUUCAAGUUUUAACACCGUUUCUGCAAAAAUCACCCAAAAAAUUAUCAUAGUUAAUGCUCCGUGGUGAAAUUAAAUUUUGCUUGAUAUCUUCUUCAUAUCUCUCCUGGGGCAUUAUAUUAUAUAGGUAAAGGCAAUAGGGUUCCAAAGUGUGACGUCAUAAAAAAUUAAAUUUGUGAAAUCAUGGGAUUUGUCAGGAUAUUCUAAAAGAACAACAUCCAGGAGGCCUACUUGCCAAAAACUAGCAUUUCGGGGCAAUUUGGCUCAGAGAUAUUAGCCCAGUUAUGCUCUGAUGACUCCAUACAAAUCCUUCUAAAUUUGACUCGGUUCCUGCAUGUGAGAUGCGUCCUCUGAAUCAAUGAAAUUUGACAGUUUCAAGUUAAAAAUGACUGAAACUAUAAAAGAUUCAACUUAUGUUCGACAUUUGAUUCAGAAGUUGCAUUUCACAUGUGCGGAAUACAAUCCAUUGUUAUAAUAUUAACUAUUAUCCAUAUUGGAUAACAAGUUGUUUUAGAGACUGAGAAUAUUAUUACCACAAUCAGAGUUCAAUUCAGCACCAUUACAAUGUACAUUGGUCGUGAAGUUCAAUGAUUGUUUGCAUGGGAUUUCCUGAGAAUCUGAAGUCGAGUUCCUUCAAACAAAUUGUAUCUGAAAUGGUGAUGAAUUGUCAACUUCACAAAAUGAUGAAAAAUGGAACUUAUGUUAGAAUUUGAGGGGUACAUUCUGGGCUUACAACAUCUCUACAAAUUUUUACGUUGAUCUGUGAAAAGUUUACUGUAGAAUCGACAGGACUGGUUUUACAGAUCAAUGUAUGAAGAAUAGGAAAGAAAGAGUUGUGCACGUGUACAAGCUCUGUUACCCACAAGCUUACAGUAGAUCUCUGUGACUUGGACAUAAAUAAUCUUUUGUCCAGUUUCUGAAGUUUACCAUGAUUCACUAACUUUUCAGAUGUCAAUUUUGACAUCGUUCUGGUUUUCUCAUGUAGAAUAAAAUAAAAAAACGACUUUGUACUAGAGUGUUUAUGUGACAGGUCAAAAUUAAAUUUAGGUUAAUUUUUUUUUUCAGCCUCAAUUUAAUAGGUUGAUUCUCGCUUUCCUUUGUCUUUUAGCCCUAAUAUUAUUCAUGUAUUAGGGCUAGGAGACAAAGAAAAUUGAGAAUCAACCUGGGUUAAAAAUUUUAACCUGAAGAUAAUUUUGACCUGUAACAUUUACACAAUAGACCUGUGUCACUCAGUGGCUAUUUUGUCUCACGAGAUUCAAAAAGCUUUGCUUAUGCAUGGCUAUCCUCAUUCUCUUUAUGAGGCUAGCCGUGCAUAAACAAAGCCUUUUAAAUCUCCUGAGACAAAAUGGCCGCCACAUGACAAGGGUCUAUUACAGGUGAGCCCAGUUUGCAAAAUAUUGGCCCACUGCUAUCCCACAUUUUAACAACCCGGACCUGAUAUUUUACUUAAAAGUGUAAAACAUUAGGUCCGGGUUGUUAAAAUGUGGGAUAGCGCUAUCCACCGGAUAAAUCACUAUCCAGUUGAUAAAUAUUGGGGAAACCAAUUGCGCUCUCCACUGGAUAGAGAUUUAUCCAGUGAAUAGCGUUAUCCACCAUUUGAACAACUAGGGCCAGACAUUCUGUAGUUACAAGCCUGGUGUUGAAAGUACUUACCUAUUGCCAUCAUGGCCCAGGUUUAAAUCUUGGUCCGGCUCUCUCUCUGAGUGUGUAUAAUAUGCGAGUCAGCGAGUCAUGCGAGUCAACAUGCGAGCCAUGCGAGUCAGCAUAAAAUAACUUUGUUUUUAACGUAAACUACUAAGUAACGUAUCUAUUCCAAAGGCAGGUCCUUUAAAAUUCAGCUUCAGAAAAAUUCGCCAACAUACAAAUUGAACAAGGUGAAACAAUAACAAAGGUUUGAGAAUGCGUUAAACAAAGGUUUAAAGGUUCUUCCUCGGUCACGUUUAAUGAGUCACACCAUAUGUGGUAAGCCACGUGACCAGAACAUAAAAAACACUCUUUAAAACGCAAACGUCUUGCGUCUUUCAUAAUAAAACCAAUGCCAAUGGCUUAAGAAUAUCGCGAUAAAAAAUCUGACUUACUAACAAGUUUAACGUUCCUUCUCAAAAUUCACAGUUAUUGAAAAAGCUAUGACGUCAUUGAGGGGUAUUUUUGUUAGCGAGUCAACAUUUUACGAGUUUAUUCCUUGCGAUUUACUUAAGAUGUUUCUUUUCUUCAAGUUUAUACACUCGAUAAAAUUGCGGGCGACAUGACUUAGGACUCAUGACUUCGGGCGAGAUGACUUUCGGGCGACUUGACCGGUUACUUCUGUCUCGCAUGGCUCACAUGAUGACUCGCAUGACUCACUGGCUCGACUCGCAUGACUCGCUGGCUCGCUGGCUCGCAGUUUGUCAAGACCCUCUCUCUCUACUCAAAGGGGAUAAGCCAUGCUAUCUUUAUAAAUAGCUUAAUGGUUUUAACAUGUAUUGAAAUCCAAUGGUCUUGUUAUGUUUGAUGCAUUUAAACAGUUUACUUUCAUCCUUUGCUACUGGUGACAAGGAUGGACAUGGAUUGAAAUUUGCAAACAGUGGGCCAAUAUUUUGUUUUAAUGUUGGGCCAGCAAAAAUCACUGAAACAUUAUUAUUUUAAGUGUUCCCUGAAGAAAUUUGUUUGACAUUGUCAUAAAUCUACAGCAGCAUUUUGUAUAUGGGUAAAGGCAGAAGUCUAUGGCAGUUACAGUGUAACCUGAAACUUUUCAGCAAUGUCAUCAUGACUUAUUAGCCCCUUUAAGAGUUUUCCUUGGGUUCUCGACUAAUCUAGCUUUUACAUGCAAAAUAACUGCAAGUAAACCUACUCUGGAGGAGCUUGAUCAGUAUUCAGUGGGAAAGCAAAUCAAGAGAACAAGAAAGUACGGUGAAACCUGUAUUAAGCGGACACCCUUGGGGAAUGCUGUAGUGUCCGCUUAAUACAGGGUGUCCGCCUAAUACAGGUUUCGAUAGAUAACGUCAUUUGAGAUGUCAAAUGCCAUCCAAAUGAACACUGGAAAUGUUAGGAAUACUCCUAGAGACUUUGACGAUAUACGUUUGCAUUAAUUUCUUUAUCAAAGUGGACCAGUUAGUCAUAGUACCAUAAACAUAGAUUGCAACUCAAAUUUGAAGAAAGCAGAUGAGUGAAACGAGCUCUACACAAACAAAACAAAAUAGAAAACAAUCCUGUACUGUGAAAUUAAUCAAAUAAGUUCGUCAAGUCACGUUUUUUUAAUGUAAAAAUCGAAAAAGUUGUGGGUGGCAAUUCGAGGUAAUAUUUCGCAUUUCCGGUGUCUGGCAUGUUGGGUAGUGGAAUGUGAUUGCAAGUGUCCGUUUAAUACAGGUUGGUAACAAUAGAAAUGACUAUUUCAGGUACUUUUUAGGUGUCCGCGUCCGCUUAAUAGAGGUGUCUGCUUAAUAAAGGUUUCAUUUAAAGUAAAUAAGGGAAAUAAAUUUUGGGACUUCGGCUACUGUCCGCUUAAUAGAGGGUGUCCACUUAAUACGGUGUCCGCUUAAUACAGGUUUCAUUGUAAAUGAAAAAAAUCAUGCAGGCACUACCUCUUGAUAUGAGGUACGAGAUAUUAUUAUUAUUAUCGUAGAAAUGCAAAUCAUUUACCACUGGUUUGUUGCACUCUCUUGUUCUCUGUAACCUUGUUUUCAUGAAUUGUUUCCUGGCUUUUAUCACAGGAAACAAAAGGAAAAUACAACCAAAAGAACUUCCUUACUGUUCAUUUCCCUGCUUGCUAAUUGCAUAUACUCAGCAACUUAAAAUUUUAGUGAAAACCCUGCCAACUCAAAACCUUUCUCAUAACGUUAUUAAUUAUCAUAUUUUAUCCCAGUUAUAUGAUUAAUUCAUAAUUUUAAUUUCGUUCAUUCAACAUUGCUCCCAAACAGUUACCAUAUGUUGUACCUUCUUGAGGGAAUUCUCGAAUUUCAUUCACUUUUAAAUGUUUUUAACCUUUGUGGAGUAAAUGAUAAAAAUUAAACAAUUCUUCUGUCUCACUCACAGAAAGAAAAGGUACCAGAUGUUGCUCAGAGUGUCCGUGGCGAUGUCAAAAAGAGGUCAGAAUUGUCCAGUAAGCUCCUCGAGGAAGCAAGUAAACUUGAGAUGAUGGAAGGACGACAGCAGGUGAAAACCAGAACAGAAAAGAGCCCGUUUAACCGUAUCAACAACCAAGCUGCAGGUGAUUUGGGUGGAUUCAGUGGGAACUUCAAGGGGCAGCAGUCAUCUAGAGGAGGUAAGUUGACUCUCAGUGGUGCCUGCAAUGGAGGACAAAAAUCCUUGGAACGGUUAUGGAAAACCUUCCUUCCACAUCCUUAACUUAUCAAAUGUUCAGAUGUAGCAUAAUAUACCCUUAAAUCUAACCACUUGGAUACCGCGACUGGCCCUCCCCUCCCCCCUCCAAACAAUGUUGGGAUGAAGAAACACUUUUAGGACAGGGUAAAGUGUACAGGGGUGCACAAACUACAACAUUGCUUGAGGGAGAGGGGGAAAGGGGGGAAAAUUGAGGCAGAUCGUGUUAAUUGUCCUGAGAAUUUUGUCCUCCAUUGUAGCAUCAGUGUUACAGUGCAGCUACUGUCACCGGGGCCACUAAGACAAAGUUGACUAACUGGAUUACAGGAAAAUAUUAAGUACUAACAGUAGUUUUUUAGCCAAUUAGCAAAUCAUAAGUAAACAGCAAAUUACUCAAAGCACAAGAUUUAAAUAUUGAUGGCAAAUGUUUCAAAGAAAAUUUACCAUUAGACAACGUUUUUCUGUCUGAAACUAAAAAAAAUAUUUUGCCUAUGAGACAUGUUUGUCACAAGCUGUUAUUUUGUUAUCAAGCAGCUAUUUCUUUGCUAUCUGUUGACAAUGGUGGCCCCAGUUUCAGUGGACUUACUCUACUCUUCGUUUACUGCAGUGAAUGAUCAGGGCAUUUGUGCUUAGUGUUGCCUACCAUGAUUUCAAAAGAGGUUGCAAAGGCUGAAGACACUCAAGGUUAUUUUUGUGAGUGAAUUCCGCUGGCUGGCUGCCAUCAGAAAAUGCUUCGUUGCAAGUUUGUCUGUGGAAGGUAGAGUAGGGUAUUCAAGGUUGAACAGCCUCUUGUGACACCAAUCAAAUUUUAAUCUUCCAGGAGGGCAACAGUGGCAGAGUCAAAGAGGAAGAGGACAGGGUGGUGGGCGUGGCAAUCAGAUGGGUACACGUGGCAGAGGACAGAUGUAUGGAGGAGGACAGAAUAACACACGUGGUGGAAUGCAAGGGGGGCGUGGUAGAGGAAACCAGCAUGGAACCCCAUAUAAUUAUAACCAGCAGCAAUCAGGAUCUUACAGAGGCAGAGGCAGAGCUAGAGGAAGAGGAGGCAAUAACCAGCAUCAGUCAUGGAAUCAGAACUUCUCUUCUUACAACAAUGCACCAAAUCAGACGUUUGUUGAUAGUUCUUAUGGUAGUGAUAAUGAUGGUUACCAGUGGGAUAAUAGUGCACAGGGAGGAGGGUAAGCGCCUUUUAGGUCAUUAUACUGGAAAAGGCUUUUUAACACUUAUUCCUCGAGCCCGAAUGGGCUCUGAGUCAAUAGCCCAUGAUGCCGAAGUCCAAAUGGGCUAUUGACUCAGAGGCUAUGAGGGUGAGAGGAAUAAUUGUUUUAGUAAAAUCUAACUAGUUGGUAAAAAAUAUUGAGAAUAAAAAACGUUUAGCUAGUUAAAGCUAGACUUUAAUCCUUUUUUGCCGCCAAAAAGCCCGCACUUUUCGCUACUAGUGGGCUAUAACAUAUAGCCUAGUAGUACCUCAACCAAUCAGAACGCAGCAUUGAUAAUAGACCACCAGUUGGAUUUUACUAAAAUCUUUUAUCAAAAUAAUUCUCUCUACUUAUUCUUUAAGGUAAUGUAUGGACAUCAGUCUGGAUGUUUGAGUGUGUAUUGGUUAACGCAUGUGACAAUUUUUCUUCACUCAUUGCUUAACCAUUGUUUUGACAUUGCCUUGUAUCGUACAGGGAGCGAAUGUUGCCACCAGAGGCAUUUGGAUCCAGAUCUCAGUCCCAGUCACAAGGUCAGCAGUUUAUCAACUAUGAUGAACACUAUGAUGAUUACUAUGGCAACCAGAACACUUCCUACGGUGGCUCUAACUAUGAGGUACAGUAAAUAACACCUUUAAUUCGGUGCCCUUUAUGAGUUCUAGAAGUCUUGGCUCAUAGAGAAAAUUGCGCUUGAUAUUUGUUCAGGAGCUUUAAGGAGACUUUGACAAGAUGCUUUGCUCGGCCUCGCUAGCAUUAGUGCUAUAAAUACUGCCGUUGGUAAAUAACGGAAUUAUUGUUAUUAUUAUUUUUCAAUUUGGUGUGAAGGCAACCCCAAAAAACGUUUGUUUUUCCUGAAUGAGGCCUCUCAAUUCAUUGUCUUGAUGACCUGUGCAUGUACAGCUGGUGUACCCACUUUUCCAUAGCUGAUAUCCCCUAUGCGUUGCAAAAUGUAUUACUACUACUGCUCAUUCUUUUUAGUAUAUUGAGCCAUACGCCGACCAGAGCACAUAUUCCACUCAGAGCGCUAAUCAACAACGUUUUCAGCCACCUGCUCACACACCAAGUGCCAAUGUUGGCAGCAGUGUAGGCAGUGAUAGUGGUGGAGUUUCCGGAAAAAGUAACGUCAGCCUUCUGCAGGGAGCAAUAGCAGAUUUGGUGAGUUAAGUAUUAAAAUAGCUUUCUGUGCGUGAAGUACCAAAUACGUGAUGAGUGAAAAUAGGAAAUAGUUUCCAUAGAGUUUCAUCAAAAUUCUAACAAUUUCCCUUCUCGUGCCUUUCCGCGAGGGAAAUUGUUAGAAUUUUGACAAAACGCAGGUGAGACACUGACGGACUGUAUUUCCUAAUUUCACCAGUAUACCAUUUGAUUAGCUUAAUAAUGUUAAUACUAGUAAUAGCCGAGGUUACCGAGGUGCAAGUGACAUUGCUCGAAGGUAAAAACCCUUUAGCUCCAACGCUGCCCUUGGCGUUAGUUUCAAGUGAUAGAUGCUCGAAAUGCGAUGAUGCUCGAAACUAAAUUGUUGCAUGCGUCCCGUAUGACGGGAAGAUCGAUUGAUUGAUCCGAAGACGUUUUUGUAGAAUAUCAUGUUUAGGUGAUUUCUCGUGGCUGUUCUUGUGGCUGUUGUUAAACGACGCUUAUUUCUUUUAGUCUUUGUUGUGCUUUACAAUGGAAGGAGUAUAUUUUUAUUUCGGUAUACUGUAAUACAGAGUUUGGAAUCUGUCUUCAGAUUAACUUUGCGGUUACAAAAGACCCAGUAACUCAUUGCUUUUUUAAACGGGGACUCAAUGUUUCUGGACUGGGACGCGUGAUUUUCACAAGAUGAGUUCCAGGACUCACCGUAACUAUUUGUAACAAAAGCAGUGCUGAUUGCGGAUUUGGUAUUACGUGUGUUAUCCAGUUAGGAAAAGGGGAAUGUUAAUCAGUAGCUUAUUCAUGCUAUUUUAUUGCAAGAAGUGCAUAUUUGGCUAAAGAAGAAUGAUGACCUAAAAGGCCGAGUUUUAGCAGCUCUCAGUUCUGCUGAGAGUCUGCGAUGGACAGAAUGCCUGAAGCGAUUUACUAAAUAACACUGACUUCUGAAAGCCAAGAAUGUGUCGUAUCUAGAAAACUUGACGUAAAUGCCUAGAUAGCAUACCCGGAUCAGAUGAUGAAGGGACCUUACUUAUGGUGCCGAAAAUCUAUAUAAUGUAAGGAUUACAAUCAACGUGGUUCUCUCUAAGAGAUAAGUACUCAUUGAUUUGUGUGUUUGUUGUUUAGGGAAAGCUUGUUAGCAGUGAAGAAGAUGCUUCGAUGGCCUUGCAAGUGUCCAACGCUCUAACGCAAGCAUUGCUACAGUUUCGUAUGAACAAUCUUAGUAAAGAGGUAUGUACAGGGCGGGUUUCACAGGGGCACCUAACGUCAAUUUUCGGAAACUAUCUGUUCGGAAGGCGAUUUGAGAUCUCGAAUUUUCGGAACGUUUGUUGUAAACUUUCUUGCUUGCCUGUCUCUCCUAGGAUUUCAAACAUCUAAAAAAUGGUUUUAUUGUCCAUUUUCAACGGAUUUAACCUAAAAAGGUCACGUAGAAUUUUCGGGAGCCCUUUUUCUGGCUGAAGUUUUGGAAAAGGUAAGUUUUGAUCCCUAUAAUUUUCGGAUCACUAGACUUUCACCUAGGAAAUCCGAACAGAUGAAAAAUUUUUUGGGAUAAAAAUAUGCCUAUAUCUACCGUUUAAAUACUAAAGUACGUUCAGCAAUGCUAUGUUUAACUGUAUAUGUGUUUAUGAAACUCGCUAUUUCUUGUUGCGCAACUGAAACUAGGGGCACCCAACGAGAAUAUGGUUCAAAACCACUUAAAUUUUAAGUGGUUUUGAACCAUAUUCUCGUUGGGUGCCCCUAGUUUCAGUUGCGCAACAAGAAAUAGCGAGUUUCAUAAACACAUAUACAGUGGACGCUCUCAUAAGCGACCACCUUGGAAAUUCCGCCGGUCGUAACUAGACCUGGUCGUAACAAUGUCAAUUUUAUUGCACCAAUAGUAAAAACAUAAUUAGAAUAAGAUUGUAACAAGCUAAUAAUAAUUUAAUUGUGGUACUGGCUGUCUGGAAUAACCACGGUGCUAAAAAGACCAGACAGCCAAUGAGCUCUCGUAAGCGACCGAAUGGUAAAAGAAAAGAGGGUGGUCGAAUAAAGAGCUUGAAAAACUCAUUAAUAAUUCACAAAGAAACAACAAAAGAAAUCAGUAUUAAAUUAGUGUCUUUAUAUCUGAUAAAGACACGUCUAAAAUUUACGUCCGAUAUAUUUUGUAGACCAUUAGCGCAUUGUGCAGUGUCAUUAAAGUGUUGAUUUAUACGACUAAGAGUGUUCGCUUACGAGAGCUUAAAAAUAAAGAAAAAGUCCAGUUGGGUAAUCCCAAAAGUGGUCGCGGUCGCUUACGAGAGAUUUUCAUUGCUAAGUUUAAAUCAAAGUUCCAACGCGGUUUCACAAAGGUGGUCGUAACUUGAGCUGGUCGCUUACGAGGGUGAUAGUGAGGAGAACUUUGACUGUAUUGCACUGCUUUCUCAGUGUCCUUAACUCUUAAGUCAAUUACCCAACCAGCCAGAAGCAAUUGCAGAAUCAACUUUGGAACAGUUUGCAGCAGUUUUCCCGCGCUUCGCAUGGCUGCAUGUAGUCUCUCCGUAUCAGCGAUUCAUAAAUAUUUCAACUCUUUGGGUCUGACUUGCAUUGGGUAUGUUUUAUAUCACUCCUCUCUUAGAACCUCGGUAAGGUCUGAAAUAGGGUUGGGAAAAACACACAUUUUGGCCUGAAAUGAGGUCAAGUUUCACAAAGCGUUCCGCACACCCCUUCUCGAAUUUUCCAUAAGUAUCUCUCCUCCCGCACCGAGACAACAGACAGAAACAUUACAAAUUCCACCAUUUUUGGCUUGUUUUAUUCACAGGGCGACACCAGUACUGCUGCGAGCACUGCAACACACAUGGACGCAGGACCAUAAAUUU